AAUUUCCACUCUGAACCAGAGAGCAUCACUAUUCAGAAGCAGAGGAAAGAACUGCAGCUGUUAAUUGUGGAGCUGAAAGACCGUGAUAAAGAGCUGAACGAAAUGGUUGCUGUGCAUCAGAGGCAGCUGCUGGCUUGGGAGGGAGAUCGUCAAGAAAUCCUGACUUUGGCUGAACGAUGUAACAGGACAGAAAACGAGUUGCACAAAAGGAACGAGAUAAUAAUGACAUUGACCAAAAGAGUGAAGUUUCUUGAGUCUCAGGAGAACGACAAGAAGAGAAAUCUGGAGACGACCCAGAGAGAGCUGCAGGAGCAAUCUCGGAAAGCAUCCAACAUGUCACUUCACUGCCAGGCUGUUGAGGAGAAGAACCAGGCUCUCAACUGCUCUGUGAUGGAACUCUCUAACAAAGUUGGGCAUCUGCAAGCCAGAGAGCAGGAGCUGCUGACUAUGCUGAAGUUGAAGGAUAAAGAUAUCCUUGAAGCGACCAAUCAAAUUACUGAAUUUACCUGUAAAUUCAAAAUGUUAGAAAGUGCUCUGCGGUCAGCAAGGUUGGAGGAAUCAAGCAUCAGUAAGGAAAAGCAGGAUUUUAAACUAAGGUUGAAAGAACUGAUGUUGGAAGCUGGCAAGUUAAAAGAUGACCUCACUGAAAAAACAAGAGAGAACAAUGAACAGAGGGAGGAAAUCAUACGACUCAAACAAGAAAAUAAUUAUUUGAAUAACGAGUUGAUGUUUAGUGUUGAGAGAGCAAAUCGAAAAGAUCACCUCCUUCAGUCUGCAAAAUCCAAGCAACUAAGGACUGACACAGAGCUGAGCAAUUUGCGACAGGUUUGA